AAGUGCUCCGCGGAUGCCGCCGCGUGGGGCUGUCCGUGCGCGCCCCGCGCAGCCGCCGCCGCCGCCCGCGCAACAAAGGGGACCCUCGGCAGCAGCUCCCACCCCGCCGGGAGGAGCGUUUGUGGUCCCGGGAGAGCAACAACAGCGGCAAGAGCAACAGCCCCGUGCGGAGGUUUCUGCUUUUGUCUGUCUGCCCCGGCAAGGUGUGCGGUGCCCGGCGCCCCCCUCGCGCCCCGGCUCCCCCGCUCCCGCCCGACUUUGGGGGAACGCUGGAGACGCUCGCGUUUCUCCACAAACUGUGUUGACAAGCGACUGUUGAAAAGGGCUGGGAAAAUUACAUCUCUCAUCUCUGGUGGGGUGAAAUAUGAAACAUGUAAUCUAACGGUUCCUGAAGGAGGGGGGGAGAGGGACUUCUCUUCCCUCUCUCGCUGUUUUCCUGCUCCGGGUUCCUGGUUGGAUAAUUUGGGUUAAUACUAGUGAGUGAGCCUUUUGCUGCUUCAAAGGGUAUUUCAAGUUGCCGGAGCUCCUCCCCUCCGCACCGUGUGACAACAACAACUCGUCCAGCGAGCGAGCGGCGGCGGCGGCAGCAGCCAGCACUUCCCAGCUCAUUUUCUCUCUGUCAUUCCCCUCUCAAUCUUUGAUCAAUGUACUUGCCAGAGAGAACCGAAGUCCUUCAAACCUCCUCCUUUUCACCUUCGUCUUUAACGUGGUGCUAGAGCAAGGACCACAAAAAGAAACUGCCCUCCCCCUCCCCUCGGCCCCAGCCCCGCCGCCCGGAGCGGACUUCUCCUCCUCCUCCUCCUCCUCCGUCCCCACUUGCGGGACACUUUGUGCGUUCUCUCUCUCACUCUGCCCCCUGCUCUCUCGCUCGCCGCAGCACCUGAUCUGGGGUUAUCCCCCCCUUCUUCUCCCCCCUCCUCCCUUCUCUCCUUUCCUCCUUUUUUUUUUUUUAAUAAUUUUUUUUUUUUUUAAAUUUUUCCCCUUUCCCCUGCGUGUGUGUGUGGGAACUUUCCCCCCUCCCCCUGCCCCCUCCGCCGUAUAUGUGACCAUGGCCGUACCGGCUGCUUUGAUCCCUCCGACCCAGCUGGUCCCCCCUCAGCCUCCGGUCUCAACUUCUGCCGCCUGCACCACCACCACCACCACCUCGUCGUCGGCCACCUCGUCGUCGGCCACCUCCUCUCCGUCUCCGUCCAUCGCUCCCCCGCCGGCCGCUUCGGGGACAAACCUAUUCCGGCCGGAGCCCAUCGCAGCGGCGGCGGCGGCGGCCACAGUCACCUCCACCACCAGCGGCGGCGGCGGUAACGGCAGCGGCGGCGGCAGCAGCCCCAGCCUGGGCACCGGCGGCGGCGGCGGCGGCAGCAGCAGCGGCGGCGGCAGCGGCGGCACCUCCACUCCCAAUGCCAGCGCGGCCAGCGCGGCCGGCAGCCUGCCCGGCAAGCCCGUGUACUCGACCCCGUCCCCGGUGGAGAACACCCCCCAGAAUAACGAGUGCAAGAUGGUGGAUCUGAGGGGGGCCAAAGUGGCCUCCUUCACCGUGGAGGGCUGCGAGCUCAUCUGCCUGCCCCAGGCUUUCGACCUCUUCCUGAAGCACUUGGUGGGGGGCUUGCACACGGUCUACACCAAGCUGAAGCGGCUCGAGAUCACGCCCGUGGUCUGCAACGUGGAGCAGGUCCGCAUCCUGAGGGGGCUGGGGGCCAUCCAGCCCGGGGUCAACCGCUGCAAACUCAUCUCCAGGAAGGAUUUCGAGACCCUCUACAACGACUGCACCAACGCCAGUUCUAGACCUGGAAGGCCUCCUAAGAGGACUCAAAGUGUCACCUCCCCAGAGAAUUCUCAUAUCAUGCCACACUCUGUCCCAGGCCUAAUGUCUCCUGGAAUCAUCCCGCCAACAGGUCUGACAGCAGCAGCUGCAGCAGCAGCAGCUGCCACCAAUGCUGCCAUAGCAGAAGCAAUGAAAGUGAAAAAAAUCAAAUUGGAAGCUAUGUCCAACUAUCAUGCAAAUAAUAACCAGCAUGGAGCAGAYUCUGAAAAUGGAGAUCUGAAUUCAAGUGUUGGCAGCAGUGAUGGUUCUUGGGAUAAAGAAAAACUUCAAUCUCCCCCUACCCAAGGAUCACAGGCCUCUGUUAACCACCCCAACUUGCCUGGACAGCAUAAUGUUCCAGUUAGCCAUCCUCUCAACCCUCUUCAACAGAACCACCUCCUGCCAAAUGGGUUGGAACUUCCUUUCAUGAUGAUGCCCCACCCGCUGAUUCCUGUGAGCCUACCUCCAGCCUCUGUCACGAUGGCAAUGAGCCAGAUGAACCACCUGAGCACCAUCGCCAACAUGGCAGCAGCAGCACAAGUGCAGAGCCCUCCAUCCAGAGUGGAGACAUCUGUUAUUAAGGAACGUGUUCCAGACAGCCCUUCUCCUGCUCCUUCUCUUGAAGAGGGCCGAAGACCUGGCAGCCAUCCCUCCUCUCAUCGGAGCAGCAGCGUGUCCAGCUCUCCCGCGCGGACCGAGAGCUCUUCAGACAGAAUCCCAGCUGUCCAUCAGAACGGGCUAUCUAUGAACCAAAUGCUGAUGGGUUUGUCACCAAAUGUCCUGCCUGGACCUAAGGAGGGUGAUCUGGCUGGUCAUGAUGUGGGACAUGAGACAAAAAGAAUACACAUUGAGAAAGGUAAUAUGAAUAUUAUGAUUCUACUGCUUCACUGUAAAACAAGUGUUGUCUCUGUAGCUAAAUAUUAUUAUAAUUGUGUUUUUCAAUGUUUUAAUUGGGAUUUUUGUUUUCAAAUAUUAUCCAACUUUAUCUCUGAACAGGGUCUUCUAAAGGUUGCUAUAGACAAUGCCAGAGCUCAAGAGAAGCAGGUCCAACUGGAAAAAACAGAGCUGAAGAUGGAACUCUUCAGGGAACGAGAACUGAGGGAAACACUUGAAAAACAGUUGGCUGUGGAGCAGAAGAACAGAGCAAUAAUUCAGAAAAGGCUAAAGAAGGAAAAGAAGGCAAAGAGGAAAUUGCAGGAAGCACUUGAAUUUGAGACUAAACGACGAGAGCAAGCAG